AUGGUAAUAGUAGGAGGUUUAGUAAUGGUUCAAUUCGUAUACGCGGGCAAUUCUUUGCUCAUGAGUUAUUUGAUGUCACUCGGUCUCGGCCCUUUUACCAUUGUCAUCUUCUCUACAUUUGCCACUUUCAUUGUCCUCUCCCCUUUCGCCAUUCUCUUCGAAAGGAAGCAAUGGCCCAAUGAGCUUAGUCUGAGGCUGAUUGUUAAGCUAGUUUUGAUCGCCUUUGCUGGGGUUACUCUGUUCCAGUCUCUGUUUCUAGAAGGAAUCAGGUUGACAUCACCAGCAAUGGCGACAGCGAUGCCUAAUCUCGCUCCUGGUCUCAUUUUUUUCAUAGCUUGGAUCGUUGGGUUAGAGAAGAUGAAUCUGAAAUGUGUGUACAGCAAAUUGAAGAUCUUAGGGACAUUGUUGUGCGUGUUCGGCGCUUUAACUAUGAGCCUAAUGCACAGCACUUCGGUAAGACUCAACGAAUACGAUAAUGCCUCAGAAUUCGUGUUUGAUCGAGACAGAGUCCUCGGUUGUAUCUACCUUCUUGGAGCCGUCUUUGUUUUAUCAACCAACGUCGUUCUUCAGGUAAGUAACAUGGCUCAUCAAUCAUCAUAUAAAACCAGUUUUGAUAAAUUUUCUAGAAACCGGUUAUUGCAGGCGUCGGCAUUGGCAGAGUUUCCAGCACCGAUAUCGUUAAGUGCAAUAACGGCAUUACUAGGAGUGUUGAUAACAACGGUGGUACUGCUAUUACAAAACCGAAAAGCAAAAGUACAUGCCACUUCAUUUGUUAGUUUCGGUAACCUCGUUGGUUAUUCUGUCCUGGUAAGUUUCAGAUGAAUCAGUCGUCGUUAUACAUAACAUUAAGUAAAUUGGUUUAUGGUUAUAAUAUUGGAAAUGGCAGGGAGGGACAGUGAGUGGAGCAUGUGUUAGCUUUAAUGGAUGGGCCAUGAAGAAACGUGGACCGGUUUUGGUUUCAAUGUUCAGUCCUUUCGCUACUGUUAUUUCGGUUGCUUACUCCGUUUUUACAUUAGGAGAGUCCGUUAGCCUUGGAAGUGUGGGAGGGAUGGUGUUGAUGUUUGUAGGGCUAUACCUCGUGUUAUGGGCAAAAGGCAAAGAAGGGUUUUCAGAAAUUGAGAGUUUUGAGAGUGAGUUUGUCUCUAAGAAGCCUCUACUCUCUUGAUUGUUUGCUUUGUUGUGUAUCAUCUUCUUCUUCUUCUUCUAUCAAUUUAUGGGAAAAAAACAAA